CCUCGCCUUCUGCUUGUUUGUUAGUGAUAGUCCGUAGCCGGGAAAACCCAAAUGGAGACGACUUAGCAAAAACCACCGGCGAAGGCGAAAUUCAGCAGUGCUCUGCAAGAGAAAAGCUAGCAAAGAAACACUUGCUCUGCAAUCUUGACGGUUACUUGGAUCAAAUGGCGUCGUCGUCUUCUUCUCCCGCCUCCUCUUCCCAUCCGCCGCCCAUUCCUCCGGUUCCGAACGCCGGCGGUGGAAUCCUAGAUCACGAUGCUCAAUUCCCGCCGCUUCCGGUUCUAGUCGUCACCGAGCCUUCUCAACUUCCAGUUGAGUUCCUCAACCCGUCGCCGGACCAUGAACUCGUCGUCGGCUUUGAUUGUGAAGGCGUUGAUCUCUGUCGCACCGGAAAACUAUGCAUUAUGCAGCUUGCGUUUCCAGAUAUCAUCUACAUUGUUGAUGCUAUUGACGGAGGGAAGGCAGUUAUGGAAGCUUGUAAGCCUGCACUGGAGUCGAGUCACGUCACGAAAGUAAUCCAUGAUUGUAAAAGAGACAGCGAGGCACUGUACUUUCAAUUUGGCAUUAAACUGCAUAACGUCAUUGACACUCAGAUUGCUUUUUCACUGAUAGAGGAGCAAGAAGGACGGCACAGAGCACCAGAUGACUACAUAUCGCUUGUUAGCCUGAUUGCUGAUGCAGACUAUUGUGGUGUAGAAUAUGCGGAGAAGGAAGAGGUUCGUGUUCUUCUUCGGCAGGACCCUAAGUUCUGGGAGUACAGACCACUUUCUGAGAUGAUGACACGUGCAGCUUCCGAUGAUGUCCGCUUCCUCCUCCACAUCUAUCAGAAGAUGAAGGAGAGACUGAAUGAAAGAUCGCUAUGGUGCCUCUCUGUUCGUGGUCAACUUUACUGCCGGUGUUUCUGCGUCAAUGACAAUGACUAUGCUGAUUGGCCACCACUCCCUGUGCUUCCAGAGAGAGAUGAAGGAAAUAAUGAUGGCCCUGAGGAACAAAUCCUCACUGUUGUCAAUGUUCCACCUGGGCAAAUGGGACUUGUAAUUGGAAAAGGUGGAUCUACAAUUCGGUUCAUAAAGGAAUCCUGCAAUGCCGAAAUUUUCAUGGGAGGAUCAAGGGGUCCACCUGAUAAGGUUUUCGUAAUUGGAUCCGUGAGAGAAGUGAUGAAAGGAGCAGCAAUUGUGAGGGGAAGGCUGAUCACCUUCUGAUUCGUUAAACUGACAUGCUCGCUUCAUCUUUGUAAUAACCCCAUUGUGAGUUCUCCCAACUCUUACUACUACUCACUUCCAUUUGCUUGAUUUAACCUGUCUCCUCAUUUUACUACCGAGUGCUCACUUUGGCCAUCUUUUUCUUAUUUUCUUACAGCUUGCUAACCGAUCAUACUCUGUCAGCAAACAACGAUUUCCAGCCCUCAAAACUUGGCUGGAACACAAAGUCUUGGCUCUGAUCUUGGCUUUGAAGGAAUACCAUACUUGCUGUACCAUUUUCUGUUUGGGCACACCAUGGUAUCAGCAGUUUUUUUUUCCUUCUUUUUUCUGAUGCAAGUGUUAACUAGGAGAAACAAACUGUGGCUGAACGGAUUUCUAAGCCUCUAGCUAUCUGCAUUCUUCAGUGGUAUGAUUGAAGGCCUGUCUCUGAGAGUUUUGGGAUUCAAACUAUAUCCAGUGCAAGUUACGACACUACUUGUACUGUAGAUCAAGAACCAACCGACGAUGGCCUCACGGUUUAUUCGAAAUUGAUUUGAUAGUUGGAUGCAGAAUCCUCGCAUGUUUCAAUAAAGCUUUACAAAUCUC